AUGCUCAUCAAAUUUGUCUCGGGCAAGCGUGGUAUCUUGUUAUUCAUACCUAUUUUCAUACACAUUCAAGAGAAAUUUUGUUCUCAAAUCUGGUAUGUACAAUUUUAGUUGUUAGAUACAGUAUACACGCAGAAAUGAGUUUAACCGGCAUUGAGUACAUGCAGUUGCGCGACGAUUUAAAAUAAUCGACAUUCCACCUAUAAUCACCUAUAAUUAUAUAAAUAUAAAUAUAAAAACGUACAAUGACUUGAAGUUAAAAUAUCUGUGAAGAAGUAAAUUUGAUCAUGACAUUGUUUCCUUCUGGAACUCGCUUUCACAAUUUUUUAGAAAAUUUCAUGAAAAUAUUAAAGGCGUAUAGCAUGGCCGGCGAUAAUGAUGACGCUUUCGUCAACAUUCAAACAAUCGGUUUAUGAUGUAUAUACUGUAUAUAUAACAUGACCUUGGGCUUGGAAAUUUAUAAGUAAUGACGCAUUUAUCCGUCGAAUCAAUACGUUCUACCGACAUGCAAGGGCCACAAGGCACAAGUAGUCUGGAAUAACUAGCGUAUUAUCUAGUGCAUGGCUAGACAAUUGGAUGGCAUGGAAAGUACGUAAUCAAUGAUUGUCGUAUAUAUACUAUCCGAUCUCUAUGAUUAAGCUUGGUUAGUGGUUUCCAUAUGGUCGUAAUUGUCGUAAAAAUAGAGCUACGAUCUUUCGUAACGGCCAGUUUAAUUAUAAUAGUUUAUAUAUCUGUAAACCACAUAUAAAAAAUGAAUAUUCUCUAUAGUUAUAAUCACUCCACUCAUUUUCAGUUCUAAAAUGUUGUAUUUCGGCUGAUGAGAAAGAUCGUGACUCAAUCUUUACGACCGUCACGACCAUAGGCAUAUGGCAAACCAAGCUUUAUGAAGAAAUGUCAGUGGUGUGACGUCCUUGAUCCAUAAGGUAUAAUCUCCUGAUAAAUUCUCUCGUCUAGCUUAUAACGUUACAACUGCCUCAUAGUUUUCACAACCUCUGAGUUUCUGCCUGAGUCAGUGUACACACAAGAAUAUGAGAUUCCAAUCAAUAAUGUGAUAUAACUAAUAACACUCACUCGAGUGACUGGACGGUUUCGUUUUUUAAAACAACACAUGCACAUUACUUGUAGGCCUAUAUGAAUUUACAAUUUUUGUUUUUAAUAAUAUUUGUACUCACAAUGACGUUUCAUUCCUUCAUUUCUCUACCUUUCAAAAACAUUAACUCAACUUGAGUCGACUAUUUAUAGCACUAUAUAAUGUCAUUAUAGUUGACUAUAUAUAUAUACCCUUUGAUUUUUUUAUUAUCCGUGUAUAUAAAACACCUCAAAGUCAGUGGCGCCGGCAGAAUUUAUUUUUGGGGGAGCAAAUCAUUCGAGUGCCAAAGGCACGAGCCUACUAGGGGGGUUCGGGGGUAUGCCCCCCCGAGAAAAUUUUGAAUUUUGGGUGUCUAAAACCGCAUUUCCUGCGUUUUGGAGGCACUUUAAGAGAAACAUAAAGGUUUUAAUAAAUCACUUUUUUAGUAGAUCGGAACAUAAUUGAUUUCCAUACAAUAUAUGAAUCAAAUGUAUUUUUAAUAAAACCAAGAAUGAAAUAAAGAAUUUAAUGUUAUAAUGCAUAUUUAGUACAAGUUCCAUCUUCGGGGAGCUGCGUCGGUAAAUCGUUCAACGAGUCCUUCGAUGUCGAGGCCCCGACAAAUGUCAGAUUCCACGGACAUGAGCAUCAGCGAUUCUAGUCGAUCUUGCCUCAUCGUCGACCUCAGGCGAUUUUUUAUUAUUUUCAGCUUGGAAAAUGAUCUCUCAGCCUCAGCAGAUGCUGAUGUCAAAGGGAGAGUAAGGGCAAUCUUAAUAAUUUUUGACAAAUUGGGGAAGCAUUCGGGUUCUUGAAGAAGUUCGCGGUAUAAAUCAACCAAAGACGGCUUUCGUUUCCUUGGCCAUUACACGCAACCGUACACUUGACAACCAAAUAUUUACACACCCCCCCCCCUACGACAUCGGAUUUGGACAAAUCCAAAAAUCCACACUGGAGAAUAUUGGGGGGGCGGCUGCCCCCCUCGCCCCCCCUUGCCGGCGCCACUGCUCAAAGUAUGUGGAGAGAGUUUGGCUAGCGUCUCGUUUUCUAACACACUGUUCGGUAUUUUAUACGCCAGUAUUGUCAUACAUAUAUAAUAAACGAUUUUAAUAAUAUUUGUACUCACAAUAACGUUUCAUUCCUUCAUUUCUUUACUCUUCAAAAAAUGUUUAUUGUCCCGGGCCGUUGCCUUUCGGCGACAUGCAUCCGACAUCCAGCUCUCGUGGAAUCUUUCACAAAUCACUUGAAUAUAGUAACCAGCGUUCUAAAUCCGUCGUUUGUCAACUGACCAAGAAAAAAUUAAACUGUUAUUAUUAAACAUCAAACCGUUACUCAACUCUUCUUGUGUUAUAAACUAUAACGACUCAUCUUCUUCGUUGCUUGCGCCAGGUUCGUUUGCCAUGUUCCUUUAUUCGCAACGUAAUAAUGAAGAAAAUAAAUAAUAUACUACUGAAGAAGUUUAUAAACUAAUGCACUAAUAAAAAGAAGAGAGCUCCAUAAGUCACUUUUUUGCGUUGUAAAUGAUAAUAGAGAGCUGUUAUUGUCAAGUUUAUAUUUGUUUCGUUGCCAUUUUUUAUUUAUUUUUUGAAUAAAAGAAAGUUGGCAACACUUGCAAAAUCGAAUUUUGGCAUGCCUCUACUAAGCGGCCACAAACCUCAGUUCCAAGGAUGGCCGUUUAACUAUACAGAAUAAACCAAUGUCCCCACGGAUUUGUCUUUCAUUGCCAUAACAUUUAUAAACAAGUCACGAUUAUCAAAAGAACGAAACGAGUGUUUUAUUUGGUUAAUGAAGCUUAUAGCUAGGUAAAAUCUGCUCUGAAAUCAGUAUAUAGUAAACCUUAAUUGUGUUAUUGCACCGCAUUAAAUAGCGAUGUUCGUUUCCGACCUCAUUUAAAUCGCAAUGUUGACAAUUUCUUUUAUCGCAUGUUCCAUUGCUAUUUAAUUGAUAGAGGUUCGAAUGUAAUCGUACAAUAGAUAAACAUUGCUGAUCAUGAAGAACGUAGGGGUUCAUUGACAUUGGGUCACAUGCAGACAUAUACAUGUACUUCAACUAUACUUAAAAAUAUAAGUGUUGACGAAAUAAUCUGGUUUCUUCUCAAAAAGCUCUUUCUGACCUCUGACAUAGCAUAAACAUCAAGAAGCAGCGAGAAUGACCUGUUCGGGCACAUUAUAUUUUUAUAGAAAGUAGUCAAGUAGAUUCCUAACACAAAUGAAAUCACUAGCAUCCGGUAAGGUUAUAAUGCUUGACUCCUGCAUAUAUACGUGUACUGGAAGCCAAUACAAAAAGAUAUUUCUUCAAUCUUAUAGUGUAGCAUAAACCAAAAAGAUGUCAUUUUCCGGCCUUUUCUGACUCGUUUAGAUGCAGGAAGGAAGCAGAGGAACUUUAGUCUCACCUCAAAAUCACAAUGAUUGAGAACUCCUUAAUUAAUUAAUUGGCAUGUGGAUCAACGUUUCACACUUCUUCAGCCCAAAUUAAUAUACUCAUACAACUGAACUGUUGCUCUACUACUCUUGAUUACUAUGCUCUAUAUACUAAUAAGGCUUUCUUUUGCUGUGUUUUUCUUUUGUUGCUUCAAUAGUAUGCUCUAUGCAUGUAGAGCAUACUGAUAAUGAGUUACAUAGAGUCAUUGUAAGCUCCCUAUGAGACGGUUUAUGAGAUAGUAGACCACUGAGUUCACUUCGGAUUGGGUUGUGAUCAUGAUGUUCAUUGAAAGCACGGUUGGUUUCCCACCUCCUUAAUAACUGUGUCCACAAAUAAUCCUUAUUAAUCCGGUUAAACCUAUAUGUGGGCGUUCAAAGAAUAAAAGGAAAUAUUUUCAAUUCCAGACCCACGACCAACCAAAACAAAUUCCAUUGUUGUACUUAUUUUGAAUUUAAAUUAGUGUGUAAAGCAAACUUUGCCAUUUUUCCGGAUUUAGUCAUGCACUAAAUGAAAAAUAAUGUGUGACUAUUGGAAUGAAUAACUUAUUUCCGCCUCGGUAUUGUUCAUGUGAAUGUGAUUGGAAACUGAAAUAGGAGUUCAGCCGAUCAAUCCCACCAGGAAAAUGUACUAUCAGUAGUUUAAGGUUCCUUUAGUUAUUUGUUUCCAAGAUCAAGGCCGAAUAUACUGAAAUAAAUAUAUUUUAAAUUGGAAGUGAUUAUGAGUUCACAUCCCCUGGUCGUGGCCUAAAGGCAAAACCAAAGCACUUGGAAGUAAGCUAAGUAACAUAUCAUGAUAAAGAGCGUUUGAAAAGUUGACAUCGAUAUUUUCGAAAAGCGUUAUCCAUAUACUGUAUAUGAGAAAAAUGUUUCUGGAUUCCCAGCAUGUUGCGAGACACGACAGUAGCGUCUAGCCGGAAAUACGAUAUUGGGAGUGGAACUAUUGAGAGGAAACGAAAGGAAAUUGUGGGCGGCGCGUAGGAAAUUAAUUUCACUAUAUAUUUCCCCACAAAUAAAUGUGAAGUUUCAACAAUCUUUGUACAUGCAUUAGUGCAGUCUCGCUUGUAAGUGUGGAACGACGGCGAUUUUCAAAUUAAACCUUCAAAAGUCAAGGCCAGGCCAAGGGGUGAGUUGAGGAAUGUAUGUGUUUAAGCUUAAAUCAACAAAGUGCAUAUACACAUUAUGUGGUCACACGCAAGUAAAUGUCUUACCACAAUUUAACUCAGUUUAGUGUAGCGCUUAUAAGAAAAACGGUAGCUGUUACUUAAUAAUCGAUUAAUUAACAGAAUAACUCAUAGAUACCUGUGUGUGGUGUGUUGCAACACUGACAUUGUUGUAACAGCAUGAACUAUCAUUAACCACGGAGUAUUUUUACAAAAUACAAGCAACGGUUGAAAGCUAGAAAAGCCUAGAAUAUUCAAAAUGUUUAUUUUCGGAGUUGACUGUUGUUUUGACCUAUUUCUUGUUACGCGUCUGCUAGGAGGUUAUGUUGAGACUGAACACAUUUUAUUAACAUUUGUAAUUAUAAGUUAUAUUGUAUUGUUUUUGUUGUGCUUCCGGUUUGGUGUUUUGAGCGAACAUACCAUGCAUGUGAAGAAUAUAUUGCUUGUUGGUUGUUGUCCUUCAGCGGUAUAGAGUGUAACGAGGGAUUUUUCCAAAUGGAGUCAAAUUAUCUGCUGAAAAAUGUUUUCUGAGUAUGCCACCAACCGGGAAUUAAUAUAUUAAUUUAUUAAUAUCCAUCUUUGGGAUUUAAAAAUACAAUGGAUUUACAUUGAGUCAUAAUAAAUAAGAUCAAUAAUUACUAUUAAAAACUGAUAUUAAAAAGGUUAAGUUAAAAGACAAAGUUGAAUGUUAUCAGAUUUAUAUAUAUUUACUAGAUCUUGCAAUAAAAGAUUGCUUAUGUCUCUCUGUUCUGGAUAAAACUGUGUAAGAAUGAAUCGAACUGAUGGGCAUGGGUCUCUGGUUUAGCAUACCAGCGCUCUAAAGCGGGUUUUCAUUAAGCCGGUUUUCCACUAGGCGGAAUUUUGCGCGCGGAGCGGAAUUUUUCUUUGUCUUGUGAUUUCUCGGGUGCAACUAACUAGAAAAGGCAAAGAAAAAUUCCGCUCCGCGCGGAAAAUUCCGCUUAGUGGAAAAUGGCCUUUAGAUCCACCCGAGAAAUCACAAGACAAAGAAAAAUUCUUCUCCGCGCGCCGGAAAACCGGCUUAACCACUGAGCUAUUGGGAUCGCUCGAUUGAGAACUAUUAUCCAUCCACCCAAGCCGGGAUAUCUAAUCCACUGACCAUAAUGUUUACGGUCUCGAUCGGGCGACCCAAUAGCUCCGUGGUUAGAGCGCUGGUACGUUAAAGCAGACACCUUGGGUUCGACUCACGGUGGGAGUCGGGACACUCUGAAAACAUUUUUUUAGCAGAUGAUUUACAUUAUUAUUCAGCUCGUUCUCCAUUGGGGCUUUUCAGUGACCGAUUACAUAAAGUAUUACGAUUAUUUUUUUGUUACUUACUUAGCCUAGACUAUUUAUCUUUACAACAAUAGACCUUUCCCCUUUUAAGUGAGAUUUUGAUCAAGACAAGUCUGGACAAAAAUUUCAUCACAGUGCUUGAAAGAGCAUCACAAAAUUAGUAAUAUUUCGAAGUUUCAUUGCGAAAUGUUGUAAAAUGCGGAUAAUAUAGCCUUGCGAAAUUUGCCGUUUUUCAGUCAUUUUGUAUUACAAACGGAAAAUUGGUAAUCAGAUGACCAAACUGAUUAUCAAUUUCCCGUUCGUAAUACAAAAUGACUGAAAAACGGCAAACUUCGCAAGGCUAUAUUAUCCGCAUUUUACAACAUUUCGCAAUGAAACUUCGGAAUAUUACUAAUUUUGUGAUGCUCUUUCAAGCUGUGAUGAAAUUUUUGUCCAAGCUAGUAUAGAUCAAAAUUUCACUUAAAAGGAGAACGGUCUAUUGAGAUAAUACGGAGCUUUAGAUUUGACUACGAGUACGACUACGAGUACGACUACGAGUACGAGAUUUGAGCGCGUGCUAGGAAAUUACCGUAGUCGUUUUCGUUUUCACUCAAAUGUUGUUUUUAUAGCAGUAAACCAACAACUAGAGAAAAAGUUUCAUAAACUAAAUCUCCUGCAGACUAAAAUCCCCUACAAAACGUGAAAAUAAGUCAUAACAUUAAAAACAGGCCAGAUAUUUAGUACUAAUAUAUUAUUUGCGCCGGAUAAACGCUAUAUAAAUGCUAGAAAUUAUUUUUGGAAAACAAAAAAAAGUCAACUUUCUUUGUUUUUUUUGAAAAGUCGUCGUGAGGACUACGAGAUUUAUCCGCAAGUUCGUUCUCAGAUGGGCGACGGCUACGAUUUUUUCGCGUCAGUACGGGAUGGCGUAAGCAUACAGCAUACGUUUUAGCUUGACGAAUCUCGUACUCGUAGUCGUACUCGUAGUCAAAUCUAAAGCUCCCUAUUACUUUCCUAACUGUGUUUAUCCUAAACCACCCUGUCUUUUGUCUGCGCAUGCGCUACAUUUUGCGCGGUUUAAGAGAAAGAGACAUGGGGCGAGUAAAUACAGUAUUUUGAUUUUUGAGCGUUUUAUUUGCGUUUUUGUCUCGUUUUUUCUUCUAACCAAAAAAUUGUUAGUCCAUUGCAUUGUUGAGAAGGCGAGGAAGGUAUGAAAACGUUCACAGGCUAAAAAUAUUUAUAAAAUUGCAACUUUUGCGUAACCUUAUAUAUCGGAACUGCCGCGGAUUCCGAUGGAAAUGUCCAAUAAUUCCUACUAUUCCGUAUUUUUAGAUGAAUGAAUUAUCUCCCAAAAUAAAGUAUAUGUUUUAAGGAGUAGUUUAAACCAUAUUUGGUUUUGAGGCUCUCGGCUAGAUUUUAAAAUAUUUUAGUUUUUUUAUUUCAUUGGGCUAACCUUUACUCCCAUAAAUCACCCCAUAUUAAAUUGGAGAGAGAUGGAGACGUAUUCGCAUGAUUUCAAAACUGCUCAUAUUUUCUGAAUCAAUAGACUCUAAUCUUUCAACGAAUAUGCUUUUACGAACAGGAUUAGCAAACAUGCGCAAUUUCUAGCGGAAUAUUCAGAGGCACCUAUUCAGACUAUUGCAGACUACAUUAGACGGUUGUGCCGUUUUUUAUAUCAACCCGUAUUUUCAUAUGAACAAUACUUUGAUUAGUGAAUUAAGAAAUCUUUGAAGAAUAAUUUAGAGAUAGUCUCGUUUUGAGGCUCUCGACUAGAUUUUUUACAAUCUUAAGUUGAAAAUUUAGCUUUUUCCUAUUUUUAGCAAAAUCACGAUUUUUGCACUAAGUGUUUUCAAAGAUUUAAUCAUAAAUAAACUUUCUAAAGAUAUUUCUGAGUAGAAAAAUGCGUUAAAAACAAAUUCUAAACCCACCCUGAGUUUAUUUUUUUAAUUUCAUCUGUCCAGGGAGUGAAAACAACUUGCAUCAUCGAAAAAAGUUAAAUUUCGUCAAUAUUUCGUCGUAGAAAUAAUUUCAGUUUAAUUAAAGUCUUUCAUCCAGGACAUUUUUCAACAGCCUUUGAAUAAACGAACUUAAAUUCUUGCACAUCCGCUGUUUUCGUCCCAAACGAGAAGCCCAAAAACAUGUUUUUGCUUAUUUUAAUAAUUUAAAAUAAAAUUUUUGCUAGCGCCCGCAAUUUGCUGGCCAGCGACAGCAAAUUUCCCACCUGUUUUUUCCCUGCCAACUUGCCCUGUGGGAGGAAACUGCAGCACCCGGAGAAAACCCACGACUUUCGGCAGAGUGUUGACCGACUCUUUUCAUAUUUGAAAAAACCACGUUACACUAUGUAAAGAUUUACGACUAUGAAAUAAGAUGAAAUGCAAUAAGCUCGCCACAGAGAUUUUUUCAUUCGCGUUUGAAUAAUUGUAUGCCAGUGUCUGUCAAUUUCGUUCCCCGAGCCUGCGAUCCUCGGGAAGGAACGUGAGGCUCUGCAGCCGUUCCGCACGUUGUAACCAAUAAUUUAUUGGCGUUGUAAUGCCAUUGUAUGCAAUAAGGUAUUGGUUACAAUGGAUUUACAACUAAUCCAAACGCUAAUCCUAACUCAAACCCUAACCCUAACCCUAAUCCUAACCCCUAACCCUAACCCCACCUUCUAACCCCUAACCCCUAACCGCACCUGCUAACCCCGCAACCUAACCGCAAACCCUAACCCCGGCCAGCUACCCCUCCGGGUACAACCCAAUACUUUCAGUUACAACCCAAUACUUUAUUGCAUACAAUGGCAUUACAACGCCAAUAAACUAUUGGUUACAACGUGCGGAACGGGUGGGCUCUGGGAUAGUCCGUUUCAGGGAGGAAACUGAUUGGCCGCCGGUUGAAAUGGAAUGAGUUAGUUCAAUUAUAGUUCAAUCUUAGCCAGGAUUCCCGGCUUCCGGCAACGGAUUAUCCCAGCGCCUCACGUUCCUUCCCGAGGAUCGCAGGCUCGGGGAACGAGAUUGGCCAGUGUCUGUCUGUCUGUCUGUGCUUGUAUGUCAGCACGAUAACCAAACAAUAUUUGGUUAAAUUUGGAUGAAAACUCUUGGCAGUCUCGCACUUCAGCCUCACACAGACGAGUAUUUUUUCCUUGACAAGUUUUAUUUGUUCGUGUGUAUGGCAAAAUGCGCCUGGUUCAAAAGCUAGUCAUGCCAGCUUUUGAACCAGGAAAUGAAAUGCUUUGAUUUGAAGAUGCAGUAUUAAAGUUUGAUUCGUCUUCAGGCCUAUAUAGUAGAUAUACAUGAAGUUUUUCCACGUGUCGGCAACAUGCAGGCUCGUAAAACUGGUCACGGAAAAAUUGAUCAAAAAAUUGUUUGUCGUGCACAUGAGAAAAUAAAUUUGGCAAGAAACUUGUCAAGGAAAAAUUGCUCGUCUGUGCGGGGCUUUAUGCCGGAAUCAAGAUGAAGGGAUAUUCACUCACGAGAACGAGGCUCCCGGACCAAGGAAGGAUUUCUAACGUAUUUGUAUUUGUAAAACUCAUUAAUAAUUGCAGUAACCGGGAAAAAAUGCAAAAGAAACCAUGCAUUUUUAAUACAUAUAUAGAAUUUUCGUGAUUUGCAUAACCUCAACUUUCGAGUUCCUCGAUAUCAGUUCUCAGAUCCUUGCAUACUUUUACUAAGUUAUAUACAGCAUUUGGGUUUUGUUCCGUUUUGUAUCAGAAACACUCACGCCGCCCAUGCUAUACAUAUGAUAUGAUAUGAUAUGAUAUCAUAUUACUUAAAUUAUGGUUAUUAAUAGUGGAAAUGUGAUCUUCUGACCAAUGACGACGCAGCAGGAAUUAUUAAAAAAUUUGUUUUGAAUCUUUUAGUACCUGAUAAAAUUCGUAAUCUAGUAAAAUGUCAAUCUUUUGAGAUAAGGAAAGCUUGUUUAGCGCGGUUGAGGUUCGGCGAGUUUGAGGCUCCCACAAAGUUUUUGUAGCUAUAAUUAGCAGAUUCUGAAUCUUCGAGGCUCUCUCAAACAUUUUCAGGAUCUCAAAUAAUAUUAAUUACAUAACAAUUCGACAUUUAUCCAUAUCAGAAACAAAGGGAUGGCCAGCUUAGAAGGUACUUACUUACAAGACCCGAUUUGGGCUAACGAGUUUUUCAAACGUUGCUGGGUGGGAUUGAAGUGUCGUGCUCUGGUAAGCGUAAGUUCAUUUGCGUGUGUAUAGCGAAUUUUAAAAAAUCAUCAUAUUUUUUUAGCAGUGUGAUAUCUGUUUGGACACAUGGCUACUUCGAACAUCAGUAAUGGGACAGAGGGACAUCGAGAAGACACCGAGAUUACGCCGUAUGUUAUUGGUCUUUCUAUCGCGUUCAUAUCCAUCCUUCUGAAUGGAUUCCUCCUUCUUGUUCUGGCUAAAGAACGAAAGUCAUUUCUGCACAUGCGCGUUACCUACUACAUCAUCAACCUGGGAAUCGCGGACUUCCUGACCGGCGUAAUUAUUCUAUUUUUGGUGAUGACACGUGUAUUCAACAUACAAUUGACAGCUACGUGCGAAGAUUUGAUGGUCAUUUUUAACUGGAUAACAAUGCAAUGUUCAUUCUACACUCUGGUAAUGAUGUCCAUCGACAGACUCGUAAUUGUUCUAUAUUCCCUAAGCUGGUCUUAUAUUCUCACUGUCCGAAGAACAAUUAUCAGCAUCAUCAGUUUGUGGGUUGUAUCAGUAGCGGGAGGGAUUCUUAUGCAUUUUUACAAACUGGAAACGCGAUUGGCGAUCUUGAGUUUUGUCGAAUUGUCCAUCGUUAUCUUUAUAUUCAACAGUUUGUUGAUUUAUCCGGCAUUGAGAAAGCGCGAGAAAGGAAGAUUUAUCGCAAGAGUUGAUUCAAAUCGAACAGUAUACAGUCAACGAGUUUUGUACCCGCUACCUUAUGACAAGAUGUCUAGAGUUGUCGUCAUAUUGGUCGUAGUGCUGAUUAUUACUCAAUUGCCGUUUGUUAUAUACCUGCAAAUGUGGUUAAUCCACGAACUGUCUGGCGGAAGAGUUCUGGAUACGGUUCGUACCCAGUCCUUCGUCAUAGGGUAUGGGUACGCACAGUCGUUUGCCAGUUUGAACUUUGCAUUGAACCCCGUGGUAUACGCGUGGAGAAUCAAGAAAUAUCGCGAAGCUUUUGCCAAUACUCUUUGUUAGUACGUGAAACGUUUGCGAAAAAUCCUUAUUUGUAGUAUACUGUAUGACCAACUUGGACCUUGGGCCUUCUAUUUAUAUUUCAGCAAAGACUGGAACCUAGCAAUUUGGGGGCGAGGCGAUGCAAGGGCGUGACGUCUCGAAGUCGAUUAUACUUUAUCAUUCCACUGAUGCGACCAGAACUUGUCCGCCAUUUUGGAUGGCAAACUGCACGGGAAAACUAGACGUUAACACAGUACUAUUGUUUCUAAACUCAAUUUGCUUGACUAAUUCACUCCUUCACUUUUUGCCAUCCUCUGUAGUGUUGCCGAGCAGUUUGCCAACCAAUAAUGGCGGACAAUGUCUGGUCGCAUGGUGAGUGUAACCACGCCCGGAUUUACCAAUUUUCGGCACAGAUAGGAUAAAUGUUACUAGGCGGAUCAGGGAAACUGCUGCUUGCAAAUAUUUUCAUUUUUGUUCUCAGAAACAGACUUGCUGAAUGUGCAUAACAUCUUCAGCGAAAUGUAACAAUAUGAAUGUAAACUGAUCUGAACCUCAUUUCUAAUGUUUGGUGAAAUUUUGUAUCUAAUUACUUUCCAAAAGGUGAGCCGUCCAAUGUGGACCUACAGGCUGCACGGUAAGCCUAUUGGUAAAUCGGAGCAUGCCUUAGCCUCCUCCGCAGGCAUCUCGUGGUUCACCUGGACUACUCGUGGACAGUUGGCUUUGGAAAGUCGGUCAAUUGUUUGGCCCGCAACCAAAUUAUGCCCGCCAAUUUAAAGGCGAUGCCUGCGGAGGAGGCUAUCAAGAAGUGUCAUAUGUAUAUUCAGAAAUUCUCAAUGAAAGAUCAUACUGAAGUUACAUUAUUAUUUACUGUAUAUAUAAGCAUUAAAAUUUUAUAAUUACUAUAAUUAGGUUUCAGCAGUGAACUGAAAUUACGAACAACGAACAGAAAUAUAAAAAAAGACUACAUUAUAAAUAAAUGGUUGAAAAUGAACUUAAAUGCUAAAAAGUUGUGUGUUACCUUCAAUGAAUUCAUUUUCAUUGCAAUGACAUAUUUACAUUCGUUGAAAGAGUGGGGAGGUCUGGGGAACACAAUAUCGCCGAGUAGUCAAGUCGGCUAGCCAGGUGAAUAUUAAUGACUACGCAUUCUUAAAGCAACUAUAAUUUCAGUAAUAACAUGAUAAGUGAACUGUGAACAACAAUUACAAUUCAAAUACAGUAGUCAAGCAAAACUUUGCAGUAGUGAAGCAAGUUGAUAGGUGGGCGGCACACAUUACCGACACAACUCCGCACCAGAGCUGGCAGAGCACCCCCAUCCCCCCUACCAGAUCAUGCUGGAUCCAUCCCUGGUAAUAGGGAGUUUGGCAACCUAGAACGGCAAAAAUAUAAUUGCUUAUAUUGUUGUAUUUGAGGCAAAGUCUACGUUACUACACUUACUUUGCCUCUUUAAUAUAAGUAUUCCCGUUUCUCUCAAACAGCCCUUGAAGUAAAAAUAGUCCGCGAAUUCAAAUAAAACACCUCAAAUAACAUCGAACGAAUUAACUGUUAUCGUAGUCAUGCACCGUGAAAUGAUGCAAAUCACGUACAAGUUUCAACAACUACGGCAUUGCACAACGCUUAAAGACCGAUUUCCAUUGCAGUCGCUUUGCCCGCGCGGGCGGAGAGAACGUUGCUCAACUUUCUCUCUAGUUGUCUAACCUGUGCAUUUUUUUGGCUGCCUGACUGCUCGCGGACACGCCAUGAAAGUUGAACUACAUUCAACUUUCUUGGCGUGCCGGCGCGACUGAUUUUUCACGCGAUUAAAAUUGGUUGCUUCAAUCAAGGGUAAUAACAACCUGAAACCUUAGGUAUAGGUUAGGUAUUAAGGUUAGGGGUUAGGUUAGGUUUAAGGUUGGGGUUAGGGUUAGUAUAUAUGUGUAUGGAGGUAUCCAGUUAACUUUUCAGUAGACUAUAAUAUCCAUUACAUAACGUUUACUAUAUUGGUGCGCAAAAACAUGGAACGAUUACCCAACUUUCAUUCUCGUUUCAGACUGGGGCUUCGAUAA